GUGACGAGUGCGCGUGCGCAAUAUUUCUGGCUGGUGUCCCGAGGAGCGUCCAUGGUGAAUUAUUGCGUUUAGGCGCUUUCUGAUCCGGAGCAUCCCGUUUGGGCGACCUACGACCCGCCCGACGACUGUUGUUGUCUAUAUUGUCGGUGAACUUGGUUCUAUGCCAAUUAUUAGUUGGAUGGCCUCUUGUCUGACAUGUCACAUUUGCUGCCGACAGUUUCAAGCGCCUAAAGCAUGCCAGUCGUGUGUGGAAGCAUUUCCGAGCCUUGCUGCGUCGCUGAGAAAACCGUUUGAUGAGGCGAAUUUGGGUGCUGUGCCUACAGGCCCUGGUCUGCCCAACACUGUGCAAGGUGGGACUCCAGUGUGUGAUGUUUAUGGAUGGUCAGGCGUAGCAACGGCACCGGGUGUGGUUUCCGUUGGUCUUACCGGCAGUCAGGGCGAGAGCAGCUCGUCGACUAUUGAGGUUGAUGGGUGUAGUAUGAAUGGGGAUGGACAUCAGGAGCAGUCUGACCAGCAACAGGAACAGGGGAGUGAUGGCUCAGAGAACGAUCAGGAUGAUAGCAGACUGGAACGUGACGGUGAACCUGCAGAGCAGAGUCAGAUCGAUGAUGCAACUUUGGCCCUCGUACUCAGCAGUAAUCAGUCCCAGUUUGAUUCGGCUCGAUACCCUGAUGGAUCACGUAAACAUCUUUGUCCUGUCUGUGGAAAGGGAUUCAAGAGGCCUGUUAAGGUUCGGCGCCAUUUGGCUGUUCAUUUGAGGUCACCCAGUGGUGACAGUCUCACUCGUCCUCGACAAACAUGGCGGCAAGUAUUAGAACAGGAGACUGCGUUUAGUUUGGCUUUGGGAGAGUUCACGCCGCGAGCUUGUCCGACGUGUGGUCGCUACUUCACUGACUCCAAGAAAUACCAGAUGCACAUCCUUGCUCAUGCGGGACGUAGCCCCUAUAGAUGUGACGUGUGCAAGAAGAAUUUCACUCGUUCUGACCACUUAAAUGUCCACCUUCGAACGGCGGCUCACAAACGAGCGCAAGCACUGGGAGAUAUUGACCGUGCCCAGCAGGACAGCAAGAGUGAAGAAAUGGAUAACUCAAAAGGCAGUAGGGAUAGGAUUGUUCAAGGAAAUAGCGUGGAACCUCCUGGAGGCGGCUCUCCAAAGUUUGAUGCAGUUGGUACUCCUUACCAGGCUGAGAUGAGUCUUCUAAUUGGUGGCAGUCGGUCCAAAAAAUUGCCAUUUCGAAAAGCUUGUGAGCACUGUAGUCGAGUGUUUAUCAAUCAACGCAACUACGAGUUACACAUGCAAGCCCAUCGAGGCUGCAGUCCACACAACUGUCGCAUCUGUGACCGGCAAUUCACCAGGUCUGACCAUCUUCUUGUCCAUUACAAGACAGCGACACAUCGUCGUCGUCUUGCAGAACUGGACACAGCCGGGGUUGGCGAAGCAGUCAGAGAGUCUAUAAUGCCUCAGACGAAUCAGGAGACAGAUCAAAUGACUGUCGUCUCUGAAAUGGAAGAAGCUCAGAGAAAUGGUCUGGAAGAAAACUGUAACCCAACAGAAAAAUCUGUAUCCUCAUCGGGAUUCUUGGUCCAACCUAAGCAAGAAUAUGAUGAACUGGCUACACCAUAUGUGGCUUACCCAACCCAUCUCGGUUCUGUUGAUCAGACAAACAGCCACACUAUUGGUUCCAUUCAACUUCAUUCUGCAGCAUACAACUCUAUAAACACUCACAGCAGGAACACAUUAUAUUGUGGUGGCGACAAAGAUGGUGCUGUUACACAGGAAUCGGGUGUCAUUAUUUUUGCCAGGAACGGAACCAGUAUGACGUGUCAAAACCAGAUGAGGGAAGAUGUCUCCCAAUACUCUUCAUCGGCGAUCACUUUGGAGGCGGUUCGAAGAUACCCUGUGGUGUCAUUCAGCAGUGAAGAUGGAGGUACUCAUGAAAGUUGCAGUCCCAGCAAUACCAUGACCGACAAUGAAAGCCCGGGCGGAGUAGUCAAGGAAACUGGUGUUAGCAUUGGUGGCCACAACAGUCAGAGCCAAGUAAUAAAGGAAGAUGCCUUGAACCAGGAGGGACAGUAUUCUUCUCAGACUGUCUCUCUGGACUCGGUACAGAAGUACCCUAUUGGCACCUACUCUAAUGAAGAUGCUGUGCAUCUGUCUGAUGGUCAAGGCGGGUUGAAUGGUCAAUAUAACUGAAGCGGUCUAAUAAGAAGUAUUGGUCACAUGCAUGGACAUGACUGAUUUGAGCUUUGCUGGCUGAUGUGUUUAGAUCACAGGAUUUUAGGCAAUUGUUGUACGUUAGAUUGGUAGUGAAGCGUCUUUGUGAGACACAAUGCACACCGUGGAAGGCAAUUUUGAACUGUAGAACUGACUUGUGCGUGUAUCUUGAGUACAGACAGAUCUGCUACUGGGUUGAAAACAUGUUUUUAACUAUGCUUGAGAGAAUUUGGAUGAUUGGCAUAUUUGAUUUUGUUGACUUUGUUUAUUGACAGUAGAUGUAGAAGUGCCAUGCAAUAAUAAAAGUCGUGGAAAUUACA